AUGAAAGUAAAUAGUCCUAAGAGUGAGGAUACUUCUUAAAAUAAAUAUAACCCUCAACCUCAAGAAAUUCCUAACUCAUAUGGUAGUAGUUAAGCAAGAGUGGAAUAAUAAAAUCAAAAUAAAGCUGCAUUAACAUAAUCUCCUUUAAAAAUAUAAAAUUAAGAUUCUAACAAUUCAUAUGCAGAAAAUAUAGAUGAGCAAGCUUAAUAGGGGAAUUAAAAUCCAAAAUAAAUUUAAAAGAGGUUUAAAGACAAAUCAAAUUUCCAUUUCCUGAAUAAAGAGCUAGAUUUUAAUAGUGGAGAGUUUUUGUCAUAUAACUCAUCAUAAAUAUAGAGUCCUUAAGAAAGCUUUCUAAACAAAAAAGAAUAAAAUUUUCCUAUAUAUGACUGUGUUAGAGAAAACUAAGGAAUUGAAGGACAUGUGAAUGCUUUAUACAAAUAAACGCUUUUAAAGCAAAACAAUAAUCAUGAAAAAGAUAAAUUUCAAUAAAAACUGGGAUUAAAAAAGACAAACACUUUAAAAGAUUUUAAAAAGUAAUUAACAGUAGAAGAUUAAAAGAUUAUGUAACACAAUUAAAAUGUGAUUAGAAAAAAUAUGAAAAUGCCCACUUAUACAGUUUAAUCUAAGCAAAAUAUUCCUUCUUCUAAUAAUCUUGGUCGGAAAAAUAAUGUGCUAUAUGCAAAGUCAAUUAGUGAUCUUAUUUUAAUAGAACAGGACCUUAAGAGUAUACAAAGUCCCUCUACAGUCAAGCCAGAUAUUGUAAACUAUAAUUUAAUAAAAUUGAUUGAAGAGGAAGAGAAUAAUUACAACUAAGGCCUGGAGGAAAACAAAAAUGAUACAAAAAUUGUUUCGUCAUAUAAGAAAUUAAGAAGAGAAAUAUUAUUCUUUAUAGAAACUAUUUAUUAUAGAAUCAUUAUGAUUAGCGUAUGUGUACUUAAUAUAGCUGCAUAUGCCAUGCACGAUUAUAAAGAUAGGCAGAUUCAAGGUAAAGAAGACUAAAAUGUAAAUAGUACUGCUUCUACAAUAGAAUUGGUUACAGUUUUCCUCUUUAUAAUUGAGAUAUUUUUUGAAUUAAUUGCCAGAGGGAUUUAUUAGGGCAAAAGAGGUUUCUUUAAAAACCCUUGGCUAGUUUCAAACCUUAUUAGUAUUACUUGCAGUGGUAUAACUUAAAUUCCUGGGAUACCAGAUAAACUCUAUUUAAUUUGCAGGAUAUUUGCAAUGCUUAGGCCUAUGAGAAUAUUAUAAAUGAUUACUCCUCUUAAACUUCAAUUUGAUAGGUUAUUUCGCUCUAUACCAAAAAUUAACCUUAGUAUUUGGAGAAUUCUAAUUUUUAUGGCUUUUUAUGCAAUUGUUGGACUACAUAUUUUUAUGGGAGAUGUAGAAUAUAGGUGCAGAGUAACUUCAGAUCCACCACCUAAUGAAAAUGAUGAAUGGUAAAUUUAUGAAGAAAUUCCAUAUCUUUGCGGAAGAUGGGAGUGCCCUGAAGAGUCAUUUUGUAGAUCUCCUUAUGAUUACGAUAGACCUUACUUCUCAAAAUAAUCUGAUAUAUAAAAUUUGAAUUAUGGAUAUACAGAUUUUGAUAAUUUUGGAAGUUCAUAUUUUACUGUAUUUCAUAUUACGCGUAUAAUUUCCUGGGGUACUAUAACUUUUAUGUAUUGGAGGCAUACUAGUACAGUUAUAGUUGCAACAUACUUUCUUUCACUUUUAUUAAUAAUUUCUUAUGUUUUGUGUAACAUUAUCCUUGCAGAAUUAUAUGAAAGUUUUGAAGAACAAAGAUCAAUAAAAUCAUAUACUGAAUAUAGAAUUUAAAAGUAGUAAGAAAAGAACAAAAAUACAAAGGUAAAUAUUAAAGAUAUAGAGCUAGAGUAUUAAAAGCAAAUAAAACAAGACAUUCCAAAAGACGCAGAGCUUUUUAGAAAAAAUAUUUCUAAAGACAUAGAAUUUAUUUUAGAAGAAGAUGAUGAAGGUAACGAUUUAGAAGGAAACGACUAAGAGAAGCAAGAAAAAGCUAUUUAACCUUCAAAUGAGGAAAAAGGUGAUGAUGUUAAUUUUAAUCAUCUGAAAAAUCUAGGGCAAAAUGCUAAAAAUUAGUAAAAUGAACAUGUAUUUUAAAAUGCUGAACUAGUCACUGAAUAAAUUAUACAUAAUGAUAAUCACCAAGUGAAUGCAUCGAAAGCGACACUAAGCAAUCAAACUAAUUCACUUUAAGAUAAAGAAAAUAUAAAAAAAGAAUAAUUGAAUAAAAACGUUAAUUAAAAUUUUAUUGAAAUUGAAAAUGACCAUGAAAACAACAGAAGUUUCAAAGAAUAAGUUUCAGUUGAUUAGUAAAAUAUGAAUAACUCAAUGAAAAACUCUAGUAAAUCCCCAAAAUCGGGAAAUUAAAAUAUUCCUCAUCGCUUAGAUCAUAUUCACGUAGCAGAUUUUUAUGUUUCAGAAGGAAAACUUGAGAAAAAAACUCCUUUAUGGGUUCAGAUAGGUGGCUUUUAGGGUUUAUUAUCAAUAUUCUUUAGGUUGAUUAUAUUACUUGAUAUAGUAGUACUUUCAGCUGAUAGAUCAAAUAUAGGCUAAGAUGAAGCAAAUAUAUAUAUUCUGAUUGACUGGGCUACUCUCUGGGUUUUUCUAAUAGAAGUAAUAACAAAAUUCAUUUAAUUGAGGCUAGAUUACUUUAAAGAUAUCUUGAAUGAUAUUGAUUUGGUUAUAUUGAUAGUUAGGCUGAUUACUACAAAUUAUCCUCUCUUUUAGGGAAAAUUUGUUACUUCUGAAGAGGAGUGGAUACAUGCUAUAAAAUCAAUAAAUGUAUUCAGAAUAUUCUAGGUUGUGAAAAAUACUUCUUUUUUCAGAACUGUAAAUCAUCUUAUUAUCUAUUUCUAUGAUACUAUCUGUGAACUUUUUUACUUUAUAGUUAUUAUUGUAUUUUAUUGUGUCCUGUUUGCUUUGAUUGGUGAGAAUUUAUUUGCUUUUAAAGCUCAGUUUAUUAAUGGAGAUUAAAUACCUGAGGAUAAAAGUAUGGGUUAAUCACCAAGGAUAAAUUAUGAUAAUUUUUUUUCUAGCUUUGAGGCUACUAUACUAAAUAUUCUAAAUGAAUAAUGGAAUGUAUCAAUGUACAAUUAUAUGAGAAGCAUUGGAGAUUAUGUAUGUACUUAUUGGAUUAUUGUAAUAUCAACUGGAGAAAUAUUUAUAAUUAAACUAUUGAUGGCUUUAUUUAUUAAUACAUUUUUGAAACAUUUUAAUAAUCGCCAAAAAGAUCACAAUGAUGCUAAAGAAGAAGCUUAAAUUAACCAAAUUGUGCGUACUCAAGUAUAGAAUGCAAAGACUCAGCACUCCGAGCAUAAAAAUAAUCACAAAGAGUGUUUUUUAAUUAAGAUUUGUAAAAAAAUUGAAGAUGAUCACAGAUUUGAAAAUUUUAUUAUGUUCAUUAUUAUCAUUAACAUUAUUGUCAUGGCUAUUGAUAGUCCUUUACUUGACCAUCAUGACCCAACUAAAAUCGCAAUUCAUAACCUUGAAAUAUUUUUUACUAGUAUUUAUGGUUCAGAAAUAUUGAUUAAAAUUAUUGCUUGCGGACUAUUUUAAAAAGGUGGUUACUUAAGAGAACCUAAAAAUUACUUUGAUUUUUCACUUUUUUGUCUUAAUAUUGCUGGAUUCAUAUUUUCAUCUAAAUUGGCUAUCCUUAAUGCUCUAAGAGCUUUCCAUAUUGUUGUUCUAUCUAAACAUUUUGAGAGUUUGAGGAUUAUACUAGUAUCAUUAUAUCAGUCUUUACCUUACCUAUUUAAAUUAUUAUUUUUUUCUACAUGCUUUCUUCUUGUAUUUGCAAUAAUACCACUGAGAUUGCUUAAAGGUAAAAUGUAUAACUGUGUAACAAUAGAUCAAGCUUAAUUGAUGCUUGUUAAUAGUUAAAUUGAUUGCUUAGAUCUCGGAGGAGACUGGGUGAAGGAUGAUUUUCAUUAUGAUAAUAUGCUGUACAGUCUAUUUAAUUUGUUUAUAAUUGCUUCAUGUGAAGGAUGGAGCUAUUUCUCAAAUAAAGCAUAAGAUACUGUUGGACUUAACCUGUAACCAAUCGAAGGGUAUAAUAGGUAUUGGUCUAUAUUUUUUAUAGUUUAUUUUUUUAUUGGAAAUAUGAUGGUAAUUAAUGCUUUUACAGGAGUUAUGACAUAAAAGUUUAAUGAAAUAAAUGGAAAAUUUGUUGCGAAUAAAUCAAUUAUUCCAAUAAAGGAUUCUAAAUUUGUUUAAGAAUAUAGCUAAUUUAAAUUCACUGAAAAAAUCACUCAUGAGGAACAAGAGUGGAUUUAAAUUAAGAGAUAAAUCUAUGGAGCAAAACCAAUAAAAACAUUUGGAGAACCAGAUUAUAGAACACAGAAGCUCUAGUUUUACAUAUACAAACUUAUAAAUAACAAAUUAUUUGAGCUAUUUAUAGAUUUUUGUACCAUAUUGAGUGCUGUAAUAUUUAGUAUGUAUGUACACAGAAUAGAUUAGUCAUACACUGAUCAUUUAAAUAAUAUAAAUGAUAUUAUUGUUUUGAUUUUCUGCUUUGAAUUUGUGUUAAAACUAUUUGUAUAGAGAAAGCACUUUUUCCUAUAUAUUGAAAACUGGUUUUUGCUUUUUAUUAUUGUGACAUCAAGCAUACCAUCUAUUUACAGAAUCACUAAUGAAUCUGGUAAUGAAAGCAUAUACUUUAAAUUAUUGGAAGUAUUUAGAAUUUUAAGGCUAAUUAACACAAUUCCGAUUAUAAGAUCUGUUUUUAGUAUGAUGGGUUUUAUCUUACCUUAGGUAGCUCCUAUUGCAGCCGUAUACUUCUUCACUAUAUAUAUUUAUGCGCUUUUUGGUAUGAAUCUAUUUGGAUUUAUAAAGCCUCAACAAACCUUAAAUGGGUAUGAUUUACACUUCAAAAAUUUCACUUCUUCUGUUUUCACCUUGAUAAGAAUAUCCUCAGGAGAGUAAUGGUUUUAUAUUGUACCUGAUGUUGCGAGACAGCAGCAACCUAACUUUGUUUGCUUUGAUGUUUCUGACUUUGAAUCUUACCAAGAACAUGGAUUGGUUGGCUGUGGGACGACAUGGGCAUUCAUCUACUUUUUUACAUUUCACUUAAUUGUGAGUGUUAUUAUUUUCAAUUUAUUUAUUGCAGUUUUACUUGGGCUAAUAAAAACUCAAAAUACAGCUAUUAGUAAAUACCAACUAUCUUAAAUUAAAGAAUUGUGGAGAACAUACGAUCAUCAAGGAUAUGGAUUCAUUGAUUAUAUCAAUUUUUGGUAAUUUACUUCUCGUAUUGCGAUGAUCUAUGGUGUUAAAAAGGAUGAUUUGUUAGAUCCUAAUCAAAAGAAAAAUUUUUUAAAGUUUUUAUCCUUGCCUAUAUAUGUACAGUAAAGAAAAGAAGGUAGUAUAUUUGGAUUUAGAUUCCAUGAUGUUGUAGUGAAAAUGACUUAGAUAUCACUAUUUUUAAAAUAUGGAAUACUUCCAGGAGGAAAAGAGGAGAGUCAGACAAUUCUUACUUAGUUUUACAAGGAAUUAGACUAAUAAACUAAGUUUGUAGGAGAAAUUUCAACAUUAAAAAGCGGAGAUAUUGCUGUUAUUAUUCUCAUCCAAAGAAAAAUAAAGCAAUGGAUGAGAACAGCAAAAGAACUAUAUCAAAUAAAAAAAGAAAAACCUGAAGCUUAUGAAGAGACAAUUAAAAGACACCAUAAUACUGUUUAUGAAAACUAAUAGUUGAGCAAUCGAGAAUAGAUAGCUAAUAAAUUUCUCAAAGCUAUAGAUCUUUAAGUAUAAAGUAAAAAUAAUUCAUAAGAAUUGUCUAAGUUAAGAUAAGAAGAUAAAAAUUCUAAUGAUAAUAAAUAAGAAAGUCUCCAUACAGCAUAAGAUAAUACAAAGCAGAAUAACUUUUAUAACUUUCAUGAAGAAAUUGACUAAAAAUAUCCAAAAAAUUUGGACGAUUCUUCACAGCUUUCAGACAUAUCAGAAAAUUUUAACCGAAAAUAAGUGGAUGAAAAUAUUAACUAUAAUUAAUAGACAACUGCAAGGGUUUUAAAAACAGUGUACUUUACUUAAAAUAAUACUAAACUCAAGCCUUAGUGA